UAGGAGGGAUGUAAUAAGAUUGUAAACUGAUUUCUUCAUAUCUAGAGCAGAUACUGGAGUUACAGUCUCUUUCUGCCAUAGAUCUCUGGAAAGAUUUGGGGACAACAUGGCAGCGUGCCGCUGGCUUCUGGGUACAUGGAUUGUCAUCCAAUACGGGUGUGCAGUGGGUUAUCCUAAAGCUACUCGGGAUUCUACUAUGAGGGACUGUUCCAAAACACCUCCAUAUCUCCCCGCAACUGUUAAAAUCAGCACAGAAGAUCUUCGUAAUCUUCGCCAGGAGAUGCAAGCCCAGAACAUCAGUGCCUACAUCAUUCCAGCUACAGAUGCUCAUUUGGGUGGAUAUUCAGCACCGCGAGAGAAAAGGAGACAAUGGUUGAGUGGCUUUACCGGAUCUUCAGGUACUGCAGUUGUGACAAGUUCUCGGGCAGCUGUUUUUACUGACAGUCGAUACUGGACCCAAGCAGAGCGACAGAUGGAUUGCAAUUGGGAACUUCAGAGGACAAUAUCAAGUGGUGAUAUUGUAGCAUGGAUCUUCAGCGAAGUAUCUUCUGGUCAACAAAUUGGUUUUGACCCCUUCCUCUUCUCUAUUGAUGAAUGGACACGUUACAAUAAUUUGAUAAAAGAUUCUGGAAGGAUUCUACAUUCAAUACCAGACAACUUAGUGGAUAAAAUAUGGGGCAGUCAGCGUCCUUCCUUGCCAAACAGUGAGAUUUAUUCACUGCCGAAUGAUUUUGUAGGGGAUACCUGGCAGCAGAAAGUGGUGAAUAUUCGUGAUCAAAUGAAAAACCAUGCCCAGAAGCCCACUGCUGUGCUACUCUCUGCCUUAGAAGAAACUGCAUGGCUUUUUAAUCUCCGUGCGCAAGACAUUCCUUUUAACCCAUAUUUUUACUCAUAUGCAUUGCUGGCUGAAGAUUCCAUCAGUUUGUUUGUAAAUAACAUGUCACGCAUCACUCCUGAACUUUCAACUUACCUGAACACCAAUUGCCCACAGUCAACAUGCGUCAAAGUGCUUGACUACAAUCAAGUUCGGGAGAGUGUAACUGACUAUGUGAAAGGAAAUGUGAUAGUAUGGAUUGGAACCAAAUACACCAAUUAUGGACUGUACGAAAUAAUACCAAAGGAAAAGCUCCUGGCUGAAGAAUACUCACCUGCUAUGAUAACGAAGGCUGUAAAAAACAAGAAAGAGCAAGAAUUACUGAAAAACUGCCAUAUCCGAGACGCGGUUGCAGUAAUUCAGUUCAUGAUCUGGCUAGAGAAGACAGUACCUUCAGGGACAGUAAAUGAAAACAAUGCAGGAGACUAUGUAGAUUCACUUCGAGCGAAGCAGGCCCACUUCAAAGGUCCAAGUUUUGGAACUAUAUCUGCCAGCGGCUUGAAUGCAGCUUUACCCCACUAUAGAGCAUCUAAUGAAUCCUACCGUGGACUCACUGUAAAUGAAAUCUACCUGGUUGAUUCUGGUGGUCAGUAUUUUGAUGGGACAACUGAUAUAACAAGAACUGUCCAUUGGGGAAAACCAAGUGAUUUUGAAAAGGAAGCAUAUACCAGAGUCCUGAUAGGAAAUCUUGAGUUAAGCAUGCUUGUUUUUCCUUCAGAUACAUCUGGACGAGUAAUAGAGUCUUUUGCCAGGCGAGCUUUGUGGGAAAUCGGGCUUAAUUAUGGUCAUGGUACCGGGCAUGGAAUAGGAAACUUCUUCUCUGUCCAUGAAUGGCCUGCAGGUCUUCAGUCUACCAAUAUUCCUUUACGUGAAGGAAUGUUCACUUCAAUUGAACCUGGUUAUUAUCAGGAAGGAGACUUUGGUAUUCGUAUAGAGGAUAUAGUCGUGGUGGUGGAAGCAAAAACAGAGCAUACAUUUGAAAACCAAAAGUAUCUCACAUUUGAAAAGGUAUCUUUAGUCCCUUACGACAAAAAUCUGAUUGAUAUUAAACUCAUGACUGAGAUUCAGAUAAACCACGUGAAUAACCAUUACAAGAAAAUCAGGGACAUCCUUGGAAAGGAAUUAAAAAACCAAAAUCUUAAUGAAGAAUACACAUGGUUGGAGAAGAAAACAGAGCCUCUGUCACAUGGACAAUUCAUUACCGCCUCUUUGACUUUGCUCAUUGUUAGCUUCGCAUCAUGCGUGUUCUUUCAGAAUGAGUCAAUUUAAUGAUAACUGAACAAGUAAUAAUUACAGUAACCCAAAUUAGCUAUGAUGAAUAUUCUGAUGUACUAUAAAUAAAACAUCCACCCCUCUCCUGUUUAACUGUACCUACUAUUAUUGUGUAUAGUUUGGGGUUUUGUAUUUGUUUUACUUAUAACAUACUUAACAAUCUUAACGCUUUAAGUGCCAGUAUGGUAAGAAAAGAGAUCUUGGAUUCACUCUGCAUGAAGGUUGAUCAAUAACUCUUGCAUUCGGUUGUGUAUGAAGAGUUAACACAGUUCCCUGAUUGUGAAUCCUAAACCAAACAAUGUACUAACAUAUUUUCGCAAUAUUAGUGCAUCACUCACUGUGCAAAUUAAUCACAAACAUGCUUCCUCACAAAAUAGUGAAUUCUAGGGAACUGUAAUGCAAAUCAUAGAAACGUGCAGCAAAUGUAGAAUUUAUAUUAUUCCUAAACCAGUGGACGAUAUGUAUUGAUGUCAUUUACAGGCUGGAUAAAUAAUGACAUAGGUAUCUGUCACUAGUCAAACGUGACUUGAUAUUCAAUUUUGUUUCCUAUAGAUAUUAAAAUAUACUAAUACAUGCUUUGCAUAAGUGUUACUCCAAACAAAAACAGAGUUUUAGUAAAAUACUGUUUUUGGUUGAAGUUAUACUAGCCUUCAUGGUUGUGCCCUAAAAGAAAUGUAAAUUAUGAAAUAGAGGAAAAUUUACCUUUAAUCCAGCUCCGUGGUAAAUUCUCCCUGCUGCUUAAUUGCUGUCCACUGACAUCAUCAACCUUGACAAAGACCUCAUUUAAGGUCGAAACGUUGCUGUUCAUGUUCUGACUUUCCAAUAAAUUUGCUCGUUUGUAUCUU